CGCCUUUCUGCCUCUCGCAGCCUGCCAGCCGCGGCGUGCGGACUCGCUGCUCCAGCCUCCGGCCACGUCCCAUCCUACCGCCUUGAGCAGCGGAGAAAAGAUUAGAGAUUUUCUUGCCCCAUACACACUUUUGAAGCGGGCAAAAUUUUAAAAUUUGAACCAUGAGGGAAAUCGUGCACAUCCAGGCGGGUCAGUGUGGCAACCAGAUUGGUGCCAAGUUCUGGGAGGUGAUCAGUGAUGAACAUGGCAUCGACCCCACCGGCACCUACCAUGGGGACAGCGACCUGCAGCUGGACCGCAUCUCCGUGUAUUACAAUGAAGCCACAGGUGGGAAAUAUGUCCCUCGUGCUAUCUUGGUGGAUCUAGAACCAGGUACCAUGGACUCUGUUCGCUCUGGUCCUUUUGGCCAGAUCUUCAGACCAGACAACUUCGUUUUUGGUCAGUCUGGGGCUGGGAACAACUGGGCCAAGGGCCACUAUACAGAGGGGGCUGAGCUGGUCGACUCGGUCCUGGACGUGGUGCGGAAGGAGGUGGACGAGCAGAUGCUCAAUGUGCAGAACAAGAAUAGCAGCUACUUUGUGGAGUGGAUCCCCAACAACGUCAAGACAGCUGUCUGUGACAUCCCACCCCGGGUGAAGAUGGCGGUCACCUUCAUCGGCAACAGCACGGCCAUCCAGGAGCUGUUCAAGCGCAUCUCGGAGCAGUUCACGGCCAUGUUCCGGCGCAAGGCCUUCCUGCACUGGUACACGGGCGAGGGCAUGGACGAGAUGGAGUUCACCGAGGCCGAGAGCAACAUGAACGACCUGGUGUCUGAGUACCAGCAGUACCAGGACGCCACGGCCGAGGAGGAGGAGGAUUUUGGUGAGGAGGCCGAAGAGGAGGCCUGAGGCCGCGCCUGCACUCCGCUUCUCCGCUCCCUCAGCCUUUUUCCUCAGCUGCCCCUUUCGUCUCCCUCAGAAUUUGCAUUUUUGCCUUUUUUUCUUUCUUUUAGGGGUGUUCUAGAACAAUGCCUGGCACAUAAUAGGGCUCAAUAAAUAUUCAUUGUUU